AUGAAGGAUAGAUACAGGGGUGUUGCCAAGUCGCCCUUAGCACCGCCGGAAAUCGAUGUAAAAGCCCCUGACCCGGAAUAUAUUUUUGACGUGGUAGCAUCUGGCAGGAACGAAGCGCCUGUGAUCCCCGAAAGCGCUCCGGAUUUCGUAGACUCCUCGACACAUACGUUUCCACUUACAGAGCAUACCAAAGGCCAUUCACAUUGGACGAACAGUAUAAUAUUGGCGCGAAAGAUCACAUUACUUUCUACUCGGAAUCUAAUACCCCAAAGAGUUUUCGAGUCGGAAACGAAGAAGCAAUAUAAGCAGCCGUUCGCGGAAUCGCCACUGGCGUCCUGGAGCCACGGGGAGGAGUUCUACCUCGCGCCCUUCCCCCCGAACCCCUACCAGACCAACAUCGCCCCCUUCAUGUACUGCAGCGAUUACUGCCACAUUUCGCAGGGCACCAGACCUUGCACUGUCAUUGACCAGCUAACUCACGACAUGAGACCCCAUAGGACGUGCAAGCAACGAUAUGUCGUGUCUAAUGAG